AUGGAAACGGUGAAUAGCAUCGAGUACAUGGUCCGGGACCUCAACACUCGUUCUGUCGUCCUGUUCCCAACGCGAGCACAGGUCGUCAGAGAGAUGACAGCCGUCAACCUCAAGCCUGCAACCAAUAAAAUUACCGUCAUCGGACUAAGUCCAACGAUUGAACAAGAGUCCAUCAAAGUCGAAGGCGGUGGAUCCUCCGUCAUCAUUACAGACGUUGCCGUGGAGUUGUUGCCGAACCGCGAUAUCUUUGAGGAGGUUUAUCCCGACUCGAGUAGAGACCAAGCCGACUGCGAUUGCAAUGACCAGUCUGACGCUGUCUCUGACUCGGAUUCGGGUCAAGAGCAGAGGCCUGAAAGGUCCUUCGCCCAGGCUAAACUUCAAAAAAUUCAGGAGAAGCUCGAAAUUGCUACUGAGAGAGUAGACAAUGCCACCAGCCGUCUUAAAAUUCUGGAAUCGUAUGCUUCCGCACUGCAAGAAGAGGGGAGAGUAGGGGAUAUUAAUGAUGAACUAGAAAAGUACAGAGUUUUGCGUGAUGAGCUGUUCAUGGAACGUGUUGAGAGGAAGAAGAUUCAAAGGGGACUGAGAGAACAACUAGACAAAUUACAACGGCAACAAGUCAAAGAAAAAGCGAAAGAACAAAAGGCCAAAGAAAAGGUUCGCCAAGAACAUGAACAGAAAAAAUCUCUCAAACGCAAGCUUGACGAAGAAAGGCACAAGGAGCAAGAUCGUGUCCGCCAAGAGCGUGAGAACUUUUGGCCGCGGUAUUGCUACUCUGUGUGCAUCACAAUUGAAUGCGACUCCAACACUCCACUGCCUUCCAGAAGCAUUGGAAAAGCGGGUGUCAUGCGAGUGUCGUCGCCAACAUCAACGGAGGCGGGUACAGUAGCUCCAUGCUCUACGUGCGACUUGGUUUUGUCAUAUGUCACCAGCUCUGCGGGAUGGGCACCGAGUUACGACUUGCAGCUGUCUACAAAAAGUUCCACUGCUAUCCUACGUUUCGAUGCGCAACUGAUAAAUACCACGUCUGAAUCAUGGUCUAACUGCAAGGUUGUCUUGUCCACAUCACAGGCCACAUUUGGUGGGCUAGACGACGUCGCCCCGAGCCUGAACCCGUGGAAGAUCAAACUCGAACCGACAGUUUCAAGGGAGAAGGAGAACCAAAUACUGACGAGCCGUGAGGAGUCGACACACUAUACCGAUUGGGUGGCAUCCAAGAAAAGCAAUGGUGUCAACAAGACUCGCGGGGAAAUGUUUAUAAAUAGCGGUCUCUUCGUCGACGCACUCAGCGACUUUGAGCAGUCACUCAUGGCAGAGGCUUGCUUUGACACCCUGUAUAAUCUCCCAGGCUUAAGGACUCUGGCGCCUAGAUCUACUCCAUCUAAGCAUCGGGUAGAUUGCCUCACUUUCGACAAAGUUAUGUUUAGCCGCAAGGCCGUUCCCAAGUACAGGCCAGUAGUCUACCUCAAGGUCAAAAUGAGAAAUACGAGCAAAAUUAGUUUACUCAGAGGUCUUGCUGGGCUUUCUCUUGACGGGAGUUUUAUGGGCCGCAAGGUGUUGCCCCGUUGUAGCGCUGGUGCUUUGUUCAGCUUGAACCUGGGCGUCGAUCCUGCCGUCAAGAUAUUCUAUUGCAAGGCAGAGGUAGGAAUAUCAACAACUGAAAUGUUUAGAAAAGAAAUCUAUGCACGGUCAAUUACGAUGCAAAACAUUCGAGCUCCAGCGGACGGGCCUGUGUCCAUCAAAGUCCGGGAUCAGAUCCCUGUGUCGGAUGACCAUUGCCUUAGAGUCAAGCUCUUGAGUCCUAAAGUAACAACGAUUGACGGUCCAAAGGUUCUUGUUGGUUCACCGGGCCGGGAUGCAAUUUGGGAUGAAGAUUGGGGUGUAGCGACGGCGACGGCGACGCGCGACAAAACCGGUGAAAUCAAUUGGGACGUAUCGCUGAAUGCGGGCAAGGCUGUGCGCUUGAUCAUGGAAUAUUCUGUAUCCUUCCCACAUGGAGAAGGUGCUAUUCAAAGCUGGGACUCUUAA